AUUAAUCACUAGGGUUUUCUACUUUUUAGCAAAAGCUACAAAACAUGGCCGGAAUAUCAACUGCAGAAGCUACUUUCCCGAUGAGUUUAGAGAAACCGGUGACCGUGGUGGUGGCCAGGCCGGCCAAAAAAGAAAGGGAUCAGGAGGAGGAGGAAGAAGAAGUAUUGGUGAUAGAAGGGAUAGAAAUCAAGAGAGAUGAGUUUGUGAAGUUUGAUGUAUUCAUCAAUGAUGAAGAUGAGAUGCCGGCGAGUGGUGGAGGGCCGGAGAAAGCUGAGUUUGCCGGUAGCUUUGUAAACGUGCCACAUAAGCAGAGGGACGGCGGUGGUGGGAUGGUGAUAAAGACCAGGUUGAGAUUAGGGAUAAGUGAGUUGUUGGAGGGUUUGGAGGUGGGUGAUGAUGAUGAACAUGUGUUGGUGAAAUUGGUGCCAAGGUGUGAUGAUGUUCAUGUAACAAUUACUGGUAUAAAGAUUGAAAUCGAGUGAUAGAUUACUUAUUAUUGAGUUUCAUCUUUACUUCUUUUGUUGUCAAACUAGAGUGUGUAUAUAUAU